UAUAAACAAUAACCUUACAUUUUGAGAGAAAAAAUGGCUUUAAUGAGAACAAAUAUUUAUCCGAAAUCUAUAACUGAUGCCUGUGUAACUAGUUUUCUGUUGGUUAUAAUACCCGUUAUAUAUUAUUUUGAACUUUGGGUAGUGCUACCAAGAUUCUAUGAUACAUGGAGUUUCAAAUAUUUAUUUCACUUUUGCAUAGGUAACUUCAUAUUGUUCAAUAUCUGUUCGAAUUUGAUCGCAAUUAUACUCACCGAUACGAGUAUUAGCGGAAAGAUUCUGCCUGCUGAAGGAGGCAAAGAUUGGAGAUUUUGUUCAGUUUGUGAAAGUUUGACUCCACCAAGAUCAUGGCAUUGCUCAAUAUGCAAUAUUUGUAUCCUGAAAAGAGAUCAUCACUGCAUAUUUACUAGCUGUUGUAUUGGGCAUAACAACCACAGAUUUUUCUUAGUGUUUGUGUUUUAUAUGUUUAUUGCGACAGUUUACUCAAGUAUUUUCAAUAUUCAGUUUAUUGAUGCUUAUGUUAAAUUUGAUUCGUGGGUAAAUCUUACAAAAAUUAUAUUCCCUCUUGCUAUGCUGUUCUUAGAAUGGACUGAGAAUCAGCUGUAUGUGGCCUUUAUUAUAAUAGUUCUUUUAGGAAGUGCUUUUACAGCAGUUUUGCUAUACUAUCACUUAAGUAUGAUACUAAAUGGACUAGUAACACCAGAAAGAAAAUUGAAAACGAGUCUGUAUGAUCAAGGAAAAAUACGAAAUUUAGAAGUUGUGUUAGGAAGACGCUGGUACUUGGUUUGGAUUAGUCCAUUUUUGAAAAGUGAAUUAACAUGUGAUGGUAUAAACUGGGAAGCCAUGCAUUCAACAAAAGAAAAAUGAUGACACUGUUUUAAAGCGUUGUAGAAGUUUUAUGUGAUAUCUGUAGUCAAAUGUGUUUGUCUUAACUUAAAUUGUAUCAUGAUAAUCAUCAUUUGUAUUAACCAUUCUUAUCAGUAUUAAAUAUGGGAUCAGCACAUAGUAUAUGGAACAAAUUAUAGAUUUUAUAUAAAUAGACUGUUGUUUCUAAAAUAAAUGGUGUUUUAUUAAAAA